CUUCCCCCCCCCCCCGGUUGUUGUUGUGAUGUGUUGUCCCCCCUAUUGGCUGAUGGUGACUAUUUCUGAAGCAUUUCAUAUUGAACUUGGAAAAUAUCAUAUUAAAGCAUUUCAGAGCUAAAAUUUUGUAGAGAGAGAAAACUGAAAACCGACUAUCUCUAGGGAGAAAAAACCAAGAACUCAGGAUGAAGAUCACGGCAAUUGUGGUUCUGAAAUGCGGGUCUAGCGAAGAAAACCCGAUAAUCUUAGCAAAUGCAUCGGAUGUGAGUACAUUCGGAUUCUUCCAAAGAUCCAGCGUUCGUGAAUUCAUCGUCUUCGUCUCUCGUACUGUUGCCAAACGCACCCUUCCUGGCCAACGUCAAUCUGUUCAACAUGAAGAAUACAAGGUGCAUGCUUACAAUAGAGGGGGCCUUUGUGCACUGGGUUUUAUGGAUGACCCCUACCCAGUCCGGAGUGCAUUUUCGCUGCUAACUCAGGUGUUAGAUGAAUACCAAAAGGCAUUUGGUGACUCAUGGAAAGGUGUAACUUCUGAUAGCACACAACCAUGGCCUUAUUUGAAUGAGGCUUUGGCCAAGUACCAGGACCCAGCUGAAGCUGAUAAGCUACUGAAGAUUCAAAGGGAGCUGGAUGAAACUAAGAUUAUUCUUCAUAAGACAAUUGAUAGUGUCCUAGAGCGUGGUGAAAGGCUGGAUAGCUUGGUAGAAAAGAGUUCAGAUCUUAGUGCUGCAUCACAGAUGUUCUACAAGCAAGCAAAAAAGACCAACUCAUGCUGUACAAUAUUAUGAGUUUUUAUAGAGGGAUUCUAUGCAACUAGUGCUGCCCUAGACUGUUCAACAUACAAAUGUGGAGACGAUGAAGAAUGGGGACUUUCAUCUGUUCAUACAAAUCACCUAUUAUAUCAUGUGGAAUGGAAUUCGUGAAAUUUACUUUUGUAUUUUCUCCCAUUUUUUCAUGGGAUUAAACUAUUGUAGUUUGUAACAUAUAGUUGAAAGAUGUCAGCUUGUGCAUCUCUACAUUCCAGAUGGAUUUAUCGUUUGUUUGUAAAGAAGUUGUGAUUUUAAUAUGUGAUCUACUACUUACCUCUCUAAAA